GCAUGACAUAGGAUCCAUAUGAUGACAAUUAAAGAUGUGUAUAUCUCGGAGGGAAAUACACACAUUCCUAAAAGUUAAAAAACAACCGACUUUCCACCCUGCUUUUUUUUUCUUUCCGAUAUCUACUACGAACGACGACAGCAAACGCAGUAGAAAUAAGUUCAGGAAGAACGGACAGGGACAAGUGAGAAGGGUCCCCAGUUUGGGUCACCGUUAUGAUGAGCCAUAAUACGAAUACUACGAAUGCAGACAAAGGGUCCUUAUCUCCAGGGCGGGCCUCAGGCCCUAGAAAACGAAUGCUUAAAUCGACCAGUCUACAGCCUAAACACAGCAAUAACAGCAACAACAAUGACAUGGAACUAGCCGCUGAGAUCGGUCAAGGUCUUUUGAGCGAGGUGCGCAAAAUGCAAUCGUUGCUGCAUCAAAACCAAGAUUCGUUGAUGGCUCUGGAGCUCGAGAAAGUAGAGCAAGAGCAUCAAAUGGAUACGCUGGCGAAACAGCUCAAACAGAAAGCACAGCGCGAGGAGAAACUAAACGAAGAAAUCUGGAAUUUGGAGUUGGCGAAACAAGAGCUCAUGCAACAAGUGCAGGAUAUGUCGCAAGACCUAGCCAAAGCAUUGGCGGAGCAACACCGACUUGCGCGCCAAGAAUCGCUGUCCUCAGCCGAACUGGAUCAGUUGCGUAGCGCUCAACUUGCAUGGAACGAAAAAUCCAAAGAACACGACCAACAAGUGGCCACACUGCGACGUACAUUAACCCAGUUACGACGCGAAAUUAGGGUUUUGCAGCAGCAAAAGCAUCAUCACAAACGGGGCCCUGUACACGGCGAAAGGGUGGACAAGAACGAUAAUGAGAGUGGACAGCCACCGGUACCCCAGCAACAACCUAAAGCGCCUUCUUUCUCCGGCGCAUCUGCAGCAGCCAUGGCGUCGUCGCCUUCUAAAAAGAAAAAAGACGGCCAGCAUGCAAAGACACUGGAGAAGCUGCAGCUGGAAAUCGGCACACUGCAGAAUUCCCUCAAACAUGCUCAUGAAAUCGUUGCUGUUCUCGAACGUGAUUUAAACCGCGAGCGGGUAAAGCGUGCAGAAGUGGACACGCUUUUGUAUGAGGCACAAGAGACGAUUGAAGGACUCCAACAGCAGCAAGACGCUUCUCCAGUUGAAGAUGAGAGCGACGGCAAAGAAAAAGAAAAAGAGCAACAACACAAGGAGGAAGAAGAGGAGGAGGCCAUACAACAUGUUAGAAGACUACAACCGCAACAACGAGAAAUGUCGCUUGGUGACGAGCUCGUCAACGCAGGAACCAUGUGGGACUUUGUCGCAUUUGAGCCCAUCACCAAUCACAGCAUACCUCUCGAAUCGUCACCGAGUACUAUCCCGUCACAAAACUUUGCCGGCAGUAGUAGUAGUAGUAGUCGUGGUGGUGGUAACAGUUACGAGAACUAUGGCACGUUUGUCGUGCAAUCCAACACGUAUGUAUACAACACGUCUCACGACGGCGAUCCUCCACAAAAGCGCGACCAAGCCCUGAUUAGUCCUGCACGUGCUUCUGCAUUUGACUUUGAUCCAGCAUUUAUCAACAACAACAACAAGAAGGAACAAGAGCCGAUGCCUGCAAGCGGUAGUGACAGUCGCGCCACACUCACGACAAACCUUGUUCCAGCUGUGACGCGGACCAUGAUUGGCGAUUGGAUGUACAAAUACACGCGCAAAGUGGUUGGCAGCGGGAUUUCGGAAAACAAGCACAAGCGGUUCUUUUGGAUCCAUCCGUAUACCCGGACCAUGUAUUGGAGUUCACGCGAGCCAGGGAUGGAUACCCAUCACGCCCAUGGGAACAAGAGUGCAUUGAUCUUGUCGUUCCAAGCGAUUCCAGACGGUGGCGGUCGGGGGGAUGACACUCUGAGUCCACCGAGUAUCAUGGUUCAGACACCUGCACGGAGUCUCAAGAUUCGAUGUCUGGAUAUUAUGGCACAUCGCGCUUGGAUGAAAGCGUUGCAUUAUCUUGUUUCGGAUAAUGCUACGGGUGCUAGUAGUAAUAGUAAUAGUCAUAUGGAAGAGUCGCCAUUCACGUCCAUAGAAAAGACAGCCAUGUUAGAGGCGAGUGGGAGUCUCUCGAUGCUCUUCCAGCCGCGUUCUCGAUCUUCUCUAUCGAUGCCACCAUUACCACCACCACCACCUGCAUCCAAGUCGUUAGCCAGUAUGCAUGCAGCACCCCCUUCCUCUUUUAAUAAUUUUUCACGGCCAUUUUUCGAAUUCUCAUUUAAGAAAUAAUAUAAUAAUUUUGGGAUGGAUGUUUAUAGUGUGUGUGUAUGUGUGUGUGCGGGAGGUGGGGUAUAGAAAUAUAUAUAUAUAUAAAAUACGAAUAAAUAAAAAAAUAAAUUAUAUAAGAAAUAUCUUUUUUGUGUCAAUGUAAAUCAAAAAAAAAAUAAAAACUACUGGGGGUUCUUUU